GAUCAGCUGAGUGUGUCGUCUGCUGCCACCAACACUACCUCCAACACCACCACAUUCUCUCCAACAUUAGGCGUACAUGUUUCUUAUUAUGCUAUCUCGGUUGUUAGCACGCUGUUAUUACGCCACCGGGCCUACCACGCCACCUUCAUAAACUAGGCACGCCACUAGGUCUGCCACCAUGCCCCUCUAUACCACGCCACCAGAUCUGCCACCCUGCUUGUUAACCUGCCACUAGAAGUUUGUUCUUGUGGGAGGCUGAUGGCUGCACUCAACUUAUAUUCCAGUGUCCAUGGUUCGAUCCCAGCAUGAAAGGAAAUAUUGCUAAUGUUAUCCUACACCUGCUGUCACUGCUAACCUUGCAGUAAGCAAGUACCUGGGUGCUAGUCACCUUACACCUGUCAUCCCUGUUCACUGAUAGUCGAUCGUUGUGGAUGGCUUCCCAUGAGAUGGUUCGACCAGCGUGUUGAAAAAGUGGGUUUGCUUAAGACAGUUUGAGCAGACUUGGUAACCAGAAGAUGAGGAGGUACCUUCUGUACGUUGGAUAUUCUGGCACAGGAUUUCGGGGUAUUCAAAAACAAACAGAGGACUUGGAGAAUAAAUUGAGCAGUGUUCAUGGGAUAGUGGAAAAUGGAUUGAUACGCCUUUGUCCAGCUAAUACUCCUGUGAUCUACUUUUCUAGUCGCACUGAUAAAGGUGUUCAUGCUGUGUGUAAUACAGCCCAUGUAGAUCUCGCCCAGUGCAAAAAUGGGUUAUUCUAUGAUCCUAACACUAUCACAUACUGUCUCAACAACUUUUUUAAAAAGAGUGAAGCUGCUGUAAGAGUCCACAAGACCGUGCCUGUCCCUAGUUCUUUCCAUGCCCGUUAUGAUGCCAUUUCUCGUACAUAUCUUUACCGUCUUGGUGUGGUCCAACCUGAUAUUGGUAAUUCCCGGUUUGCUAGGGAGGCAUUUCUUCCUACAGCAGAAUUCAACAAAAUUCAUCUAGUUAGGUCCCCUUUUGAUAUUGAGAGAGUUAUACCUGCUUGUCAUAUGCUGGAAGGAACUCAUGAUUUUGCUACAUAUGGGGCUGCUCUUUCCAAGGGUAGCUUUCCAAGGGAAACUACAAGAUUUAUUCAUAAGAUAUCUGUGACACCAGGCCGACCCUCACUAGAUCCAUGUUAUGACCCACAAUCUUCUCGACUCCAGUUUUGGGAUAUUACUAUCAAAGGCAGCUCAUUCUUAUAUAAACAGGUCCGAAGAACAGUUGGCGCGUUAGUGGCCUUGGCUCAAGGCCGCAUUUCCUUGGAUGAUGUCAAGUAUAUGUUGGAAAAUCCUUCCCCACACAACUGGAAUUCACGUGUUGAAUCAGCACCUCCACAUGGUCUUUUUCUUCUAAGAGUUGAGUAUCCCCAACAUGUUCUUUCUAUGGAAAAUUUACAAAGUGAUGAUGACACAAACAAAUUAAAAGCGGAAAGUGUUGAAAAUAAUUCUGACAUUGAUGUGAGACAGAAAAGUCAAGAAGAAUAACUAAAAUCUUUUGUGUA